UAUGAAAUUGAAUAAGUUAUAUUAGAGGGAGAGCACUUAAAAUAUAAUCGAACCAUCAUAUUUCUAUGUGUCAAAGAUUUUGAUUAAGGUAGAUAUCAAGCUCCUAAAAUAUAUAUUGAUACUGUUGGUUUAUUCAAUGGAAUAUAUAGAAGAAAACAAGAAAGGUGGUUAUGGUAAUGUUGAAUAAUUAAAGAGUUUUAAAAUAUCCUUAGAAAUAAUAUUUGCAAAGAUUUAAUAAAAUUGAUAUAUUUUUUUUAGAAGAUUUAUCUAAACAAUGUUACUUAAGGAAGUUAUCCUAAUGAGGAAACUCUUAAUUAAACAAAUGUAAUAAUCAUACCAGGCAGUACAAGUUCUGUUUAUGAUGAAAAAGUAUGGAUUCGUAGUUUGUAGAAUUUUAUUUUGAAAGUUUAUUAAAAUUAUACUCAAGUCAAUAUAAUGGGUAUUUGCUUUGGAUUUUAAUUGCUUGCUUAAGCAUUUGGAGGAUGUGUUGUACCCUGCUAAAACAGAAUCAAACAUAAGGGGUUUUAUUAUUAUGAAAAUGAAUCAAUCAAAAUUGAGAAGGAUCUUUUUAAGAUUGGAUGCUUCAAAGAAUUAACAUAGAUUGAUAAUAUUAUAAUUAAUAAAGCUCAUGGUGAUAUAGUUACUUAAUAACCUUAGGGAUUUAUUAAUUUAAAUAGGAUCAUCUAAAACAGCUUAAAACGAAAUAUUCUAUUCUGAAGAUUAAAGAAUAUUUGGAAUGUAAUCUCAUCCAGAAUACUCAUCUCAAUAAAUUUUAUUAUUUAUCAGUGGAAUUUAAUCAACUUAAGAAAAUAAGAGUUUUGAAUAUUACUACAAUGAUGCUGAUAAUAAGAACUUCGUUAAAGAAAAGGGUGAUUUGUUAGGAUUGUUGAUUUGUCACUAAUUUUUAUAAUCUUGAAUAUUUANCAAAGCUAAUAAUUAAGUAAUUUGGAUCAAUAGAUAUAACAAAAACAAGUUUAAAUAGACAUAACUUUGAGAAUAUAGUAAAUUGGGAUGCUUACAAAUAAGCUUAAGACAGUUAGAAUUAUAUUAGAGUAUAUUUCUUUCUUUAAUUUUAGGAACUAGAAAUAUACAGAAAUCCAUACUUUUACCUUUGGACUCGAUACUUUACAACUUCACCAAUAUGGGAGAUAGAUAAUCAUACAUAUUAUAUAAUUGAAUUAGCAGAUGAUGAUUUGAAUUUCUUUUAGUUUAAUAAUUGA